UGCAGCGACGUCCUCGAAAGUCAUCCAGGUCUUGUUUCAGUUGGUGAAAUUGUGCUUGAGAAACAGUUGGUCCCGACAAACGCUCGCUCUGCGUCUCAACACUAAAGUACAAGAAUAGAGGAGCGGUUUCGAAAAUCGAGAAGGAAGAAAAAUGAAGACACGCACAGCCGGUAUCCUUGCUCAAGUGGCACGUACAAGCCUUGGUCGAAGCAGAGCACACGAGGCGAAGUGCUUUGCUUCCCAGAGGCACAUUUCGGGAUCGCGAUCGGAUCUACCCAGAACCUCGCACGCCGGACAGAGAGCGAAGCUGCGCGAUACGAGCGCACAGGCACAGUCUCACUCUCACCCAGUGACCACAUGGCACUCACAACGACGACAACGCCACAUGUCCAGCACUUCGGGCGUACCACAGGUGCUCGUCAACGACAUGGCGAAUCAAGAGGUUCUGGUCGACUUUGACGGAACGGCCAUGCGUUUCCCCUCCUUCUGGCUCCGCGACCACUGCCCCUGCGCCGACUGCCAACACCCGAGCACUCACCAGCGACAACUCGACACCUUCACCAUCGACCCGGAGAUCAAAGUGUCCAACGUCGAGCCCACUCCCGAAGGGCUCCAAGUUACGUGGCCCGCCGAACACAAGAGUCUCUACCCGUGGUCGUGGCUCGAGACACACCCUCCCUUCACGCAGUCGUCGUCCAAGUCGUCGUCAUCCGCAAGCGCAAAAACUUCCAAACGCGCACCCUCCCGACACUGGACCCCCGUCCUCCCCACGACUUCACCAAUGCCAAAGGUCGACUACGGUGCCAUCAUGUCGUCGUCGAGCCCUCGAGGUCUCGAAUCGUUCCUCUCGGCCAUCCACGACACGGGUCUCUGUUUCAUCCCCGGGACUCCGGCGGAUCCGGCGUCGACACAGUCCCUGAUCGAGCGCAUUGCCCACAUCCGAGCCACCCACUACGGAGGCUUCUGGGAUUUCACGAGCGAGGUCAACCCGAUCGACACGGCCUACACCAACGACCCUUUACCUCCCCACACCGACACGACCUACUUCACCGACCCGGCGGGCCUGCAGCUGUUCCACCUCCUCUCGCACACGUCCAUCGCCGACCCCUCCAAGCCGGGCACGGGAGGCGAGUCCACCUUUGUCGACGGCUUCGCCGCCGCCGCCCACCUGUACGACAAAUUCCCCCAGCACUACCACUCGCUCGCCACCUACCCCAUCAAGUCGGCCGCCCUCGGCGCCCCAGAAGGCUCCUUUUACAACACCGCCUCCAACCUCCAGGGGUACCCCGUCUUUUGUCAUUCUUCGCCGAACCCGUCCAUUACGUCUCCGUCUCCCUCGACACUCGUCCAGAUUCGUUGGAAUAACCUAGACCGCGACACCCCAACAACACCGACAUUUCCAAACCACACGGCCCUGAAGAACUGGUAUACCGCGGCGCGCGAGUGGGCCCGCAUCCUCGAAUCUCCCGAGUUUCUAAUCACUGUAAAAUUACAGCCUGGUGAACCAGUCAUCUUUGAUAACUGGCGCGUCUUGCACGGUAGGUUGGGCUUCGAAGGAAAACGCAGAGUCUGCGGCGCGUACGUAGGCAUGGACGAUUUCAGAGCAAAGUGUAGGAGUCUUGGAAUUGAAGCUUGAGUCUAUGAAUUCCAUUUUCGUACGAAGUAGCAACAUUUCACUGGCCGUUUAGUCACAAGAUUCCUUCUGGUCUACUCUCCAUUAAUCGACCUUGUUUGACUUGUGACGGCAUGUUAGCACUGGCCAAUUGUUGCUCAAUCCACUCUAGAGAAUCUGAGAUCCAG